AUGUUAGGCGAAGGGCUCUACGUUCGCGGACCGUCCGCCAGCACGGCCUCUGAGUCAAUGCAUCCUGUGCAAUCUUCGGAUGCCAUUUCACCUCCUACCCGACACGACUCAACCACACCAGCGAGCAUUUCACACACAAUGUACCUUCUCGUAGAACGCUUUUUCAAUCAAGCCGGUGCAGCCCCUGGGGGAGGAGAAGGUGGGGACUGGGUAGAGAGUCUCUCUGUCUUACCACGGGCCAUAUCACUUACCGAUCCUUCCAUGCUUCAAGGAUCACAACGACGAAAACUUCAGCUGGAAAGAGCGUUCCAAUAUAGUAUGCGUAUUUUGCGUAGUCGUAUGGAGGCUGCGGUGCUUCCGGAUGACACUGCCCUUGCCGACACGAUUAAACGAAGACUAAUACGGCGCGAUAAAUCGAUGGAUAAAGCCAUGCAAUUUUCCAAUCUCUUUCAAAAACUCACAACAAAAUCCGCACUGAAGAACAAAUGGGCAUGCGUCUACUUUCUGCUAGCGGUGAGCGAGCAAGCCAAUCGGCUGCCAGGUCCGGACCAGCAUGAGGAUUCCACAUUAUUUUCCAUUGGUCUCGAAAGCAUUCCCGAUGCGGGAUCGGAAAAAUCUGAUAGUUGUCGGAAGACCACUGCUUACGAUGGGCCAUCCGAUGCUUCAUCACGACAUCCUCCGCCCGGGCUUGCUGAGAAUACGCAAUAUCUCAAAACUUGGAGGACUGAUUCAAACACCGUUUUGGAGUCAGAAUGGCUCCAAGACAUUGUCUACGUUUUUCAGGGUAUAGACGGGCGAUACAUUAAAUACAAUGACUCUACUGAAACAUACGUUAUUGACGAGAAAGUUCAAAUCUCGCAACCUCUUCGUGAACUUCUCCACCGCUUGACCGAACUUGGAUGGCUCUACAGAAGAAUAACUUCUUUUUUGAAGUUUCAAACAAAUCAUGCUGGUAUAGGGCUAAUGGCUCAGAGCUUCUGCUCAGCGAUACAGCGAGAAAUGACAGACUACUAUCGACUCAUUGCAAUCCUGCAAGCCCAAAUAACACCAUCAGAUGAUGAAAAAUCUGCUUCCCGUCCAUCCUUGACUUUAAAGCGGUUAUACGUAUGGACACAGGAUCCGUUGCAACGAUUGCGGGUCAUGGGGGUUUUGGUGGAUCUGUGUAUCGAUGAUCGGGGUGGAGAGCUUUUGGCGACACUUCAUGACUAUGUUCAUCAUGGCGAUCCCUUCAUUCAGCAAUUUAUUCAUCACUUGAUGUCUGACGUCUGCAAACCUUUUUACAAUAUGCUCAAACUGUGGAUAUAUGAAGGACAGCUUGACGAUCCUUUCGACGAAUUCUUUAUUGUUGGGCAUCCCGUUGGCAAAGAAGAAGACUUUUGGGAGGUCUCGUACAGUAUGAGAGAAAACAUGAUACCGUCUUUCAUUGAGCCAAUGGUCGCCAAGAAGAUAUUCAUGAUAGGCAAGAACCUGAAUUUCUUGCGAAGUCAAUGUGGGGAUAGCGAGUAUGUGAUCAUGAGUAGCCAGCAGGGACAAAAUGCCCAAGGAUUUGAAUACGGCAAUUACCACACGCUCCGGGAUAUGAUCAAUAAAGCCUACACAGCGACGACGCAGAAAGUCAUCGACAGCUUGUUGACAAAAUAUAAGCUUAUGGAGCACUUGGAGGCGAUCAGGAAAUACCUCUUCCUGGGACAAGGCGACCUUAUCCAAUAUGUUGUCGAUGAGAUCGGCGUCGCUCUCACAAAGCCAGCAAAUACCCUCUUCCGGCACAAUCUAGCAUCCUCUCUCGAAACAGGGAUUCGAAUGUCGAACGCUCAGUAUGACGACCCAGAUAUAACCUCACGGCUCGAUGUCCGGAUGUUGCAGAGUUCACCUGGAGACAUUGGAUGGGAUGUCUUCACGCUCGUCUACCAACUGCAAUCUCCCAUUAAUACUGUCAUCAAUAACACCGCAAUGCACCUGUGCAAGAAGAUAUCCAACUUUCUGUGGAAGAUGAAGCGCGUGGAGCAUGCGUUGUCAUCUACCUGGAAGCCACGGAUGAGAUUAGCGCAGAAUCUUCGACACUCGCCAAGUACGUCUGCAAUUUGCUUAAUUGAUCGUACUUGCAAGGUCUUGGAGUGUUCAUGGGACGAGCUGAAGACUCUGAUUGCGAGCAAACCGGACAUGGAUCUCCUUAUUCGGGGGUACCUACGAUACCUCAACACCAUCAUAUCUAAAAGCAUGCUGGGAGCUCGAAAGCACAAGGAUGAGCCGCCAACGUUGUUCAAGAUUGUUGAUGUGAUCUUGGAGUUUCGGGAGGCACAGGAGCGUUUACACAAGUAUGGGACUGCGCUCGCUCGACAAGAACAGAGAGCGAAUCUGGACUUUCGGGAGCGAAGUUUUGAUAUUUCCCACAUACAUGCGGACGGAGACUUAUUACCUGAGGAGGACGGGACGGAAUCUUUAGAGAAUAUACGGGCGGAAUUGAACCGUGGUGCUGAGCGAUUCCGGGAGGAGCUGUCAAAUUUUAUGGAACUGUUGGCGGAGCAUGCUGAUGAGACACUCCGAGCUCUAAGCGUCCGACUAAGUUUCAAUGAACACUGGAAGAUGAUACUCCCAGCCAUAGAGAAGAGGUAUGGCCAUACGGCCAUUUUGUACAUGAACGAUGUGAAUAGUGGAAUAGUAAAUAUGAUACUCUCUCUAAAUGUGUGA